AGUAAAGAUAAAUUAGUGUCGCCUUCAUAUCUUGAUGAUUAAUUUACAGGACAACAUUCCUUGCACAGUAGAUAAAUCUAUAAUUAUUAUACUGUGUUAAUUGUAUGGGCUGACAUCAGACGGACUGCAUCGCAGCUACCAGCUACCGUGCGCGGUCAUAGCGCGUGGUCGAUAUAUUUAACUGCAUCACAGAAUAAGUAAUAGUACAGGACUGCAUGCAGUUGUACAUACGGCCAGAGUGUUAUCUAUCCAUUUCCGUUUUUGCGCUCGCUCUCAAAUGGUGAUUCUUUGCGAUAGAAAGAGACGACAUGGGCAGUCAUUGUUGCCGAUAGAACGUUCGACUUCGUGCAAUGGUGCAGUCUAGUCGUGCCUUCAACUUCACGCGGUCGGCUACACAGUUACAUUUUGUGGUUGUGUAGUGUUACCGCGCGCUCCGUUCGCAUACAGUUACUCUGCAGUUAGUAUUGGAGCCGAACGCGCGUUGGUUGCGUCGAAUGGUUUGAAAAAUGGUUUUCGACACCGAAUUCUUCAUUUCUUUAAUAAAAAGUAAAGUCAGCAUAUGGAAUUAUAAAACUCCAGAAUAUAGUAACAAAAUAAAGCGCAAUAAAGAUUGGGCUUUUGUAUGCGAAUCAAUGAUACCAAAUUUUGCAGAAAAGAAUAAUAAGGAAAAAAAUGCUAUUGCAAUUAAACUACAGGGCAGAUGGAAGGUGUUAAGAGAUGGUUUUAUGCGAAGUAUAAAAAAUCAAACUAAGAAAAGUGGAGCAAAAACGAAACUGUACAAGUAUCAUAAACAAUUAUUAUUUUUAAAAGAUACAAUGACUGUUAAAGGCUGGCGUGAUCCAGGCGGCGCCGGGACUUCCAAUGUACAAAGUGAAAUUACACCUGAUGAGAUUCCUACAAAAAAACCAAAACGAGCCUCAAAGGAAACAUCAUUGGAAACAUCAUCUGACAAUAGUAAUAUUUUAAUUGAAAGCUUGACUAAAAACGUGAUGGAAAAAUUAAGUAGCGAGGAAAAAGAUUCCGAUAAACAAUUCCUGUUAUGUCUGCUGAAUGAUUUCAAAGCGAUACCUGCUGAUGAUAAACUAGACGCGAAAAGUGACAUCAUAAAUGUAAUUAGAUAUUACAAAAAUAAAUCUUCACAUCAAAACGAACCUCAAAGAAACCAGCCUUCGCCUCCAGACUAUUUCAGAAGAUACACUGCUACACAAUAUUCGAGAAAUGUGGCAAAUGACUCAACACAAAUUCAAAAUUCCAACAGUUUGCAAUCAAUGGGAAGUACACACCUCUCUUGCAACCAACAAACUCCUAGCCAGAGUAUUUCAUCGCCAGAAAUGUAUGAAGACAUCAUGAUUGACGUCAAACCUGACACUGACCUACUGGUCUAGAAUCUAGAUGCUUGGAGUCAACUGCGUGAAGUCAGAUGCGAUUGCAGACAACUGCAUGCAGUUGAUUAUAGCGACUGCGUGCGGUUGCUGAUGCGACUUCGUGCGGUUGUUGUGUUGCAGUCCGUGUGAUGGCGGCAUAAGCAUUAUUGUUCUUAUUUUUACGAUCUAUUCAUAAGUUAUAGGUUUUAUCUUUAUUUCUGAAGGGUUAUCUCGUGUGAUAAAAAAAGAUAAUACGUAGUGGGAAAACACGCGCGAUAGAAUAUACGGAAACAUCAAUUUCUAAGCCAACACUCUAUUCUAGUAUGCGGGGUACUUUAUUAAAUAAAAAGGUCUUUCAACCCUUCAAUGGAACUCUUUCUUAAAAAUCACUUAAAUCAAAGAUUUUUAUGUCUUAAUAAAAUUGUGAGAGUGACAUUUUUUAUAGCUGAACAUCCACGUAAGUGAGAUGCCAAAAUUAUAAUUAUUAGAUAUGAGGUUAUUAAUAAACUUGAACUGCGAAGCUAGUAAAACCACUAGGAUUGUAAAAUGGAAGAAAACAACCGCCACCCACUCUAUAAUUCUCUCUCACUGGUCUGAAAUUCACCACAAAAUGGCCACGCCAGUUGAAAGGAACAGGAAAUGUGGCUGAAUUCUCUCUGAAGUACACUUCCUUUUAUUUAGCACAGAACUCGACAACUUCAAUCUUUUAAUCCUUUUCAAUCGAAGUACAGAGAAGUGUUAGUGUAUACUUCAAGUUUGGCCGUUGUAAGCUGAAAAGUUUUGUAUCCAUUUUAAACAAUCGCAUUGAAUUAGAGUCAAUUUUAGGGCAGAUUUCCUCUGAUCUUGUAGAAUGAGGGUUUUCGCGAAUGAAAAAUCCGCCAGUUGGCAAUACGUAGACGCGAGGUCCAAAUGCU